UCCUCCUUCUCUUUCUUCUUUCUUCUCUUCCAAAUUUCUUCUCUCUUCUCAACAGGAGCUCCGGAAAAAAAAAACAGCAGCAACACAAAACGGAGUAACAAGAUCUUGUAGAUCAGUAUGAUUUAUGCUUGCUAAUGUUGUCUCAAUAAAGUGACUUUAUCACCAUCUCGAUGUUGUUCAAGGGAAAAAAAACUAAUGAUAAUUCAAUCAUGCAUGUGUGAUAAUCAUGAUUGAAUGUGUUUUCCGUGAUCAUAUAAGUUGAAAGAUUUACUGAAUUUGAUGAUUUUAUUGUUAUAUGUCAUGUCUGGGACUGUUUUGCUUUGUUUGGUGAUAACCAAAAUCAUCAGAAUUUACGUUUUGAUCUUGUGUUCUUAUUUUUGAAUUGGAAAAGCAGGAGAUGGUGAAACAUCGUGAUAAAGAUGCUGGUUGUAACGAAUCCAGUGAUAACGAUGAUUUUGUGAAGCCGCUUAAGAAAACGAAAACGAUUAAGAAAACUGAAAAACCAAAAACAAGUAAGGAAUGUGCUGAAACCGGCAAAAAAAAGGCAACAAAUCAGCUAAGCUACUCGUAUUCGUUAGAUUCGACAAAACCUUUCAGAGCAAAUUUUGGUCCUUUGCAUGACCUCUUCCGUGACCUCGAGAAUAAGGGCCAACUGCUAACCAAGGAACUGAUAAAAGCUCUUGAGGCGACACCAUUUCGUGACAUGGUUCGAGUGUUCAUAGAUAAUAAGAUUAGCAAAGAUGAGUUAUGUAAGAGUAACCAUGGACUGGAAAUGCUCAUACAUACUUUCACUAAAACUAAAGAUGGACAGUAUGGUUUCAAUCUCGUUGAAGGACAUGAAUUGUUUAUCUCGACACCGGAAGACAUGGUCGUUGAUCUUGGAUUGCAGAUAAUUGAGAAUGGUAUUGAGUACAAAUUAAUAAAUGAAAGAAAAGUCACCCCGAGCACAAAUGAUUUGUGUAUAAGAUACAAGUUUGGAGAAACAUCUCCACCAGUAGUUAGGAGUACUGAAGUUCAAGUAGCUAUAAUAGAUGCAAUUAAAAAUGGCAGGGUUGAAGAUUUUGUGAGGCUCGUUGUUUUCUACAUGUCAAACAAUUUUUUUCACAAAAACAGGUAAUUUUAGUCUUCCAUGCAGUUACUUGAUUUACGUGAAAAGUCUGGAUGUAAUCAACAGAAUUAGUUGGCCUCAUCUUAUUCAUAAUUCCCUGAUGGAAAGUAUUGAAUCCAGCAAAGGGGAUGUUAGACGUAUCACCGGUUGCACUUUCUAUCUGCUGUUCCAAGAAGGGGAGGUGCAGAAUCAAUAGUCCCGGAUUUGCAAGAUGGGAUGCUUGGAAUAUAUCGAACGCUAUUUCGGUACUCGAAAAAUUCCCAUAUAAAAUAUCAGAGUCAGGAAUAUUUGAAUUUGGUCAUAGUUUAACAAUUCCAUUGGAUGUCGCCGAAAGGAAAUUGAUAAAUCCUAUAAAGCAGCUAUCAAGGUUGGAAACAGAACAAGAGAAAGUUAUGAAUCUGGAGAAGGAGAAUGUUGUUUUGAUUAUAGAAAAGGAGGAAUGGAUAAACACUCAACGUGGAAUUUUAGUAAGGUUUCGUAGUGAAAGGAACAAAUUGGUAGCAAAGAGUAAACUACUAAAGGUUGAUGUUAAGCGUGAAAUAUAUAAGGUCAUGGAGGGAACUCUAGAUGAAAUUUUCAAGAGCUUGGAUGAAAAAUCAAGGGACUGCGAACAAGUGCAAGAGCACGAUGAUCAACCACAAAGGAUGGAAGCGCAACAAGAAGAGUAUGAUAUAGGACCAGAUGAGUAUGGGAGAAAAACACCGGACACGGAAACAUCGCUUCCGCGUACAAAAUCUGGUGGGGAUACAGCUGAAGAUGGUUCUGGAUUAUUCUCACUCGGUCUCACCCAGUAUUUAAACGAACAAGGAUCAAAAGGAGAUGAUGUGGCUGACUUUGAUAGUCCGGAAAAAGGUCCAAGGAUGAAGAAAAACAAUGAAGUACAUGUCAGCUCAUUAGUCAGGGGAGUGAAAACCAGAUCAUCAAGGCCGGAGAAAGGUAUAGGAGCAGAUUUUACCCCGGAUGGUCUGGGGAAGAAAAAGGAAAGUAAACAUGUAGUGAGUUUACAAGCAAUUUGAAAACUUGAAACUGUACAAAGACAUGAAAAAGGGUGAUAGAGAGGCUUUACAAUCGUACUUUAAGCGGACAACCCCUUCGGAUUUUGCUUGGAGAUUGAUUGACCAUGAUGGGGGAGUAUCAUUCUCCGUAUUGGGGACGCAUGUUCAAGAUCUUGUUGAUAAUGGCUUUCUUGAGGGCGAGUUACUGGAAUACUACAUGUACAAGCUUGAUUUUAAGCAAAAAGAUGCAGAAUCUCAAAUGCAGGAUAGCCAAGCUCCAGAAAAAUAUGCAAAAUCUGUUUUCAUGAAGCCGGGAGCACUAGAACUACUGCAAUCAAAUGAUGAAGAUGGUGUUAAUGAAUAUAUCCGGGACUUCAUCCUACGUAUCCCAGACGAUGUAACAGAACUGUUCAUCCCAUAUUUACAAGAUCAGCCUUGCACUGGACGCUUCUCCACUUCAAUUUCUCUGAUCACCGUUGGAAGCACUACAACUCCUUGUCGAAUAUUUACACCAAAAAGGCAUGCAAGACUACUGCGGAACUCAUGAUGGAUGCUUGUAAUCUUCCUAUUAGGCAAAGAAAUAUGAAUCAUCGAGCUAGCAUCUCGCCAGAGAUCGAAGAAAUUGUGGACACACCUUUUUCUGAAUCUGUUUGUACUCAACAGAAGAAAUCUGAUUGUCUACUUUUCGUAUGCUACUUUAUGAAACGUAUCAUGAGGGGAGAAGAUAGACUCCCACGGGAAAGAAGCGAAGUGCUGCAGAAAAUUAAAGAAAAGCGGAUCAAGAUGGCAGUUAAACUAGUGACUGAUAUGGAUCAUAGCAAUCAUACUUAGGAUUGUGGUUUUCAUUUGACUGACAGCAUGGUUAAAAUAAAGUAGACUUUUUUUUUUGGUUUAAUAAUUAAGAUACUUGCAAGAACAUCAAAUGUUGCAGAAGCUUAUUUUACUGUUUUCGGUUCAAGCAAUCUUUUUAUUUUA